AUGUCGUCUGGGCAUGGCGGCAACCACCAGCGCACCCUAACACUUUCCACCCCAUCGGAUGGCGAUUCGGAACACGAAGACAACUCUUCUUACAGUGCCUCAGAAAUCCCAGCAGAGCCUCAUGUGAGUUCGCAGGAUGACGAAUACAACAGCGACGAAAGCGAGGAGAGCGACGCCCCCGCAGCAACCCCUGCACAAUCCGAGCGUGUUUCCCCUCUGCAAGUUGAUGAGAAUGCAGAUGUUAUUGUCGUAUCAGGCGCACACCCCCGCUCUCCUGUCCGCCAACCCAGCCCGACUUCCCCGAAGCGCGUUCCGAAGCGACCGUUUACCCCCUCCCAGCCCUCCGAUGACGAUAAUCUCUGCAUCAUUUGUCUUGAGAACUGGACCUCCGCUGGCCCCCACCAAAUAUGCUGUCUACCGUGCGGUCACCUCUUCGGGUAUGCCUGCAUCAGACAAUGGCUUGGAAGAUCUAGACGCGGCAGGCAAUGUCCCAACUGCAAGACUUCCGCUCGUAUUAAAGAUUUGCGAUACAUCUUUGGCGUCUCUACGCGACUCGCCGCCACGGAUACGUCCGAAAUCCAAAGUCUUCAGAAGAGAAUAAGGCAAGAAACAGAAAGCCACGAAUACACAAAGCUCAAGUUGAAAGAGACGAGAAGGAUUGCAGAUCAGGCCAUACGUGAGAUGAAAGAACUCCGGAAACGCGUCCCAAAACCCGUCCCCACAUUUGGCGGAACCCGCGGUGGCCCCGCAAAGUGCACGAGGCACCCGACUCUACUGGCUGACUGCAACACCAAUGGCGAUACCGUAGCCGUUGCUUUUGACAACAACAGUGGUGUUCUGUUUGGUGAGAGGAUGAGUGGUAGCGUCGCCGUCUCUCAGCGUCUCUCCCGUCUCGACAUUGGACGCUGUGCCAUCGCCCAGUCGUCACGCGCUGUGGGCAAUCGCCGUGUCAAUGCUAUUGCAGUCGACACACGUCCCUCAUCUCCCUCACACCGUUCCGUCGCCGUGGCUGAUGCGGGCCGCAAGCUAACAAUUCUUGCUCCUAAUCUCAACCUUGCUGCAAAUGUUGAUUGUGGCUCGUCGCUUCUCUCUGCAACAUGGUUAGAGCGCAAACCAAACUGUGUAGUGGUGGGCGCCGUUGACGGCAAGGUGUUGACAUACGAUGUGCGAAACCUGGCUGGCGGCCAGCUUUCCAGCGUCCAACUCGCGUUUGGCGGAGCGAGGGGUGUCCACUCAGUGAGGGAGUGCACCGUGAAUGACGAUCUUGUGUUACUUGCAGGCACGCCUUCUGGUCUUUUCGGAGUGAGGUAUAGUGAAGGACUCUUCACAGCGCCAAUUGUGAGUGAUUUCUACUGUGCGGAUUUGGAGGGUGCUUCCAUCUGCAGUGUAGCCGUGGACGCUGGCCUGAUUGCAGUAUCGUCGCGAAGAAGAGUAGAUGGGGAAUGGAAAAGCUCCAUUCUGUUAAACGAGGGCUUGCGGUGGCGGGAAGAUGGGAAGUUCACAUUCUCCGCAACCGUCGGCAAACCGCUGCAAGGGCACAGCCAAACUUUGCCUUUCGAACAAGUAGGAGUAUUAGGAGGGGGCGAUGGUGGGCAGCCGAUGGUAGUAGCGGCAGAUAGAAAUGCGAAGGGUAAGGUGAGGAUGUGGAACACAAACAGAUUGGGGAGUGGGUCGCAAUGGAAAACGUUUGAGAUUGAACAGAACUAUGACAGCGAGGGGGCAACCGUGCGCGCUUGCGCGGCUCAACGGCUGCCGCGGAGGGCGAGACUGGAUAAGGUUCCUAAGGGAACGGAAGCUUUGUUUGCAUGUGUAACAUAUGGAAGUAUCAGGCUGUUUGCAGCUGGGUCUUAGCGGUAGUAUUUGGCUAUCGUCGGAUGAGUGACAUUAAACUAUUGAAGGAGAUUUGUAAAUAA